AGCAGUAACUCCUCCCGCAGAAGUACGGGAAAACGGCUUUGUAUGAAGAAGUGUAACUUUACGCACAGGCAGCAGACAGUGGAUCAAACUGAACCCACAGACGUAGUAGUCUACAACCCACACAGAACCCGGUGGGGCUCUGAAGAAUAAGAAAAUGAAUCGGAGCUUAAGUAAAUCGCAGUCUUCUUUGCAGUAUCGUGCGACAGUGGAAGUGAAAAGCAAAUAUGGAGCAGAGUUCAGAAGGUUUUCCAUUGACCGCUCCAACCCUGGGGAGUUCCAAGAUUUCUACAAGCUCAUCCUGUGCCUGCACCGUCUAACCAGCAUUGAUGUCAUAAUUGGCUAUGCAGAUAUCCAGGGAGAGCUACUACCCAUCAAUAACGAUGACAACUUCUGCAAGGCCGUGUCCACUGUUCCCACCUUACUGCGGAUCUUCAUACAGAGACAAGAGGAAGUAGACGACAAUACCUUCUGCCCCAAUGCCACUGUGACACGCCGGAGGAAGGUGCCAGUGAUCCCUCUCCCACGCGGCGACGUGAACCGCAAAAGGCCCACGGUCCACAUCAGCAGGCCGCAAGACUUCCGUCCCAUCUCGUCCAUUAUUGACACAGAUUUCCUGCCCGCAUCUCAGCGCCGGGUGCGCCUUUACCGCCAGGGCUCAGAGAGGCCCCUGGGGUUCUAUAUCCGGGAUGGGACCACUGUGAGGGUGACUCCCCACGGCCUGGAGAAGGUACCUGGGAUCUUCAUCUCACGGCUGGUCCCUGGAGGCCUGGCUGAGAGCACAGGGCUGCUGGCGAUCAACGACCAGGUGCUAGAGGUGAAUGGGAUUGAGGUGAUGGGCAAGGUGUUAGACCAGGUGACAGACAUGAUGAUCGCAAACAGUCACAAUCUUAUCAUUACGGUGAAGCCGGUGAACCAGCGUAAUAACAUAGUGCGUACCGGCAGCUGGAUGUCGGGGAUAAACUCAGGCAGUGUCAGCUCUUUAGACUACCAGAGUUACCACAGCAUGCCCAUCUGUGUGGGAGCCUACAGCUUCACUGAUGACGAGCUGCAGAGCGACGAGGACUUGGACAUUGUGAUUGAGAGAAGACUCAGAAACUCAUCCCGUCGCUCCAGUGCCUCCACCUCCACAGCCUCUCGUUCCCAGGCUUGGUCCCAGCCCCAGCAGAGUCCUAGGCCUUCUCCUAGGCCAUCCACCCGGCGCCCUCCCCGUCGGCCUUACUCUGUCAUCUCCUCAACCUCCUAUCACUCACAGCCCAGCCUCACUAACCUGAACCUCAGACUGAACCGAGACCUGACCCUGCAGCAGCACUAUGGCAGCAGCCCAGCCAUCAGGGAGAUGAAUGGAGGUGUGUUUAACCACAGCAGCCUGCUCACCCUGAGGACAGAGCUACGACGCAGCCUGGUGCUACAGAGGGGAGGGGUGGAGGAGGACGGAAUGGUCAUCACCUUGUGAUUCUACUGUCAGAUUCUAGAACACUACAAACCACAGGGCGAUGCUGGGGGGAGGACGGAAUGGUCAUCACCUUCUGAUUCUACAGUCAGAUUCUAGAACACUACAAACCACAGGGCGUUGCUGGGGGGAGGACGGAAUGGUCAUCACCUUCUGAUUCUACAGUCAGAUUCUAGAACACUACAAACCACAGGGCGAUGCUGGGGGGAGGACGGAAUGGUCAUCACCUUCUGAUUCUACAGUCAGAUUCUAGAACACUACAAACCACAGGGAGGGGAGGACGGCACAUAAAAAUGGCCAGAAUUAAGUGAAUGGUAUGGUAUAAAACACGUGUUUGAUGAAAUCACGUGUUUGAUGUUUUUGAUACCAUUCCACUCAUUCUGCUCCAGCCAUUACCACAAGCCUGUCCUCCCUAAUUAAGGUGCCACCAACCUCCUGUGCUACAGACACUGCCAGCCUUUGUUAUACCUUUUCUAUACUUGAGACUGAGGAGACGUUUGUUAUUGGCUGGGUCCCAAAUGACACCCCAUUUCCUAUAUAGCGCACUGCUUUGACCUGGACCCUGGUCACAAGUAGUGCACUAUAAAGGGAAUAGGGUGUUGAUGAUUCAUUGUGAAUUCAGGGAUCUGACAUUUAGAACCCACUUAAAUGUUGUCCCUCUCAGCGUCAGUCUCUCAGCACAUUUGAAACCACAAAGCGGAGCGCCUCAGCAUUUAAUAUGGAAAUAGUCAUGAAACACCAUUAUGUAUUAUUAGUAAAUCCAGUUUUGGCACUUGUUGUUAUACUGUGAAUGUACAUGGCCUUUAUAUGUACUGCUGAUGCAUUGAGUAGAGGGAAUGUAUUAUUAAAGCUACAGCACUGUUGUGGUUCUAUUAUGUCUCCCAAGUGGCACAGCGGUCUAAGGCACUGCAUCUCAGUGCUAAAGGUGUCACU